AUGUCGCCUUCCGAUUUGCACAAUAUUUAUCAAGGCAAGCCGGAUGCCUGGCAGCUGGGAGAGUCUGUCGACGACUUUGUCAGACGUCUACCACCCCUGACUACUCCUGUUGCUGUCUGCCCCUGGAUCUGGGCUGCAAAUCCCUAUCGUAACGGUCAACGGACUUCCGGCCGCGCUAAGACCCUGGAGUUAGUCCAAUCCGGAGCAGAGUUGCUUCAGCAAUCGAAGCAGAGGAGGAUGGAAAUUGAGCAAAAGCAUUCUAGGGAGUCAAAGGGGGCCGUCGCGCGCAUGCUGAGCCAAGAAGCCGAUCGUUUGAAGCAACAAAUUGUCGAUCUAGCUCAAAAGACAAACGUGACUGAGGGAAAGUGGAUGCUCUUUCCAAGCCUGGAGGAUCUUGGCCGAGUGUGGAAACUUGUGGUCGAAGGGACCAUUAGCAAUCGCCUUGGUUCUGGAGCGAAAGUCGCGACAGAUGAAGGCGGGACUGAACCGCGGCUGAUAUGCAUCUAUACAAAGGACUUUGGCGACACCAAAGACGUACUUCGCGUCUUGCAAGAGCUGGAAGGCAUGGGACUGGUCGGCUUUGGCCGCGGCAUUUCUUACAAGGCAGAUAUUUACACAUACCUCAAUAUCUACCGGCAAAACGCGGCCGAGUAUGGUCUAUGGGCAAGUAUCUACUCGAGCCAGAAGAUGCUGGCUAAGACGAGAGUGCCUGAACCGAAUGCGAUCCCACAAAAGGAGCAUUCGACACCAGAUGCCUUUCGAGAGUGCUCCGAGCCGAUGGACCUCGAUUAG